AAUCUAUGGUAAUAAAAUAAAACAAAGUAAGAAAAAAAAUUAUCGAGUAUUGCAUCAUUUUGUCAUUAGUGUGUGUUGUGUGGUUAAUAUUAUCAAAGAUGAGCUUGUAUAACUUCAUGAAAAGGUUUUUUGGGUUUCCGGAUCAUCAAGAUCAACAGUUUAACAGGUUUUUAGGGAAUUUAAAUGACAAUGAGCCUGUGAAUAAAUUUCGUAAACCGUGGGAAGACGACGACGAAGAUGAUGACGACGGUUUAGACUACAGGGCUCCUGCACCCUUUGGCUUCAGAGUGUUCAGCAAUCCUGUUGAAAUUCAUAGAUUCUUUGAACACCAGAUGAAUGAAAUGUUGAAAAUGUUUCAAGGACUGGAUGGCUCGCCCAUUUUCUCGCAAGAGGGAUCAAUGUUUGGUCACGACGAUCCUAUGUUUGGGAUGCCGGCGCUGCCACCUCCCUUCGCCCCAGAAGGCAGCGACGUGGAGGGGGGCAAGCCCGGGGCAGGCAGGUCGCUGCGAGACCUCUACCUGAAACCAGGGUACGACGCGCGGCCAGGUCUGCGCGCACGCCGGGACAGGCGAGACUCGGACCUGGACGACAGGAUCAAGAACGGUGAACUGGGCCCCAUAAUAGAGAGCCUGCCAGGUUCUUCGGACCCACAGCCCGGCGGGCACAAGUCCGGGCGGUACCGCAGCAUCAUCACCUUCAGCACCACCAGGCCUGACGGAGGUGUAGAGGAACGUAGAACUAUCGAUAAUGGCAAUGGGAAGGAAGAAACCAUUACACGAAGAAUCGGUGAUAAGACGUAUUCUGUUACAACUACAACGGACAGCAACGGAAUCCAAACACGCACUGAGAGACUCAUAAACGUGGAUAAAGACAACCUGAAUGAUUUUGAGAAGAAUUGGCACGGCGGUAGUGCCCCAGGAUCGGAGUCAACUUCAUCUACUUGGUUCCCAUUCGACAAGCUGUUUAAGUGAAUCACUCGUUCAUUACAUUUACAAACCAAGAUUUUAUUUCCCUUUGCUUUCGUGUUAACAAAAGUUGUUUAAUGUUGGCUGUGGAAAAACUUUUUUUUCUUCUUUUUUUCUUUUCCAUCCCAUCCCAUAAAUUUGAGCAUGCAAAGUCCAGUUGUGGGCCGUGAUGAUUGACGAAAGUUGGUUACAAAACUUUUAGUUUAGUGCAGUCCUGUAAGCUAUAUAAAUAUUGUACCUUAGAAGUUUUAAUUUCUUCAGAUAAUUGUGCGACCAUGGGACUAUUAAGUCCUUGAAACAAAUUUAAGCAUGGAUUUAUGUAUUGGCUAUGAUAUAUGUAUAUACUGUAUUUAUUACCUAUUAAACAUGUUGUAAUGUU